AUGCCACGUAAGCUACGUAAGAAUAUACGUAAGAGGAAGAGAGCAUUGAAACAUCCAAUAGUAAAACUGACACCACAACAACAGUUGCAACAACAAAUGCUGAAUGACCCCACUAUGUUGCAACAAAUGUCAAGCAAUCCUAUGCUUUUAAACCGAGUUGUUGGUGCACAGAGUGGAGGUUUAAGAGCGGCACUUUUAGCGAAAAUGGCAGGCUAUGGUGGAGCUGCAGACGGAACAGCAUAUAACCCUCAAAGUCAAAUGAAUUUGAGUUCACUCAAAAAUCAAAUAACAGAUGUCAAAAAGUCAAACAUAGACAUACAGAAGCAAAUAAGUGAAAACGAAAAGAAACUAGAAUAUGACAGACACACAAAGAAACUCAAUGAGUUAAACGUAGAGAAAAAGAAGAAAGAAGAACAACUGAAAGAACUAAGUACAGAGGAAUAUGCGAAAAAAGUGUCAGAAAAAGCAGCAGAAGUAGCAAAAAUGGAACAAGAUGUCAUAAAUUUGAAAAACCAUACUACUCAAUAUAAAAUACUGAAAGAUGAAGAGAUAAAACAAAAAGCCCUGAAGACAUAUAUGGAUAGCGAUGAGUAUAAAAAAGAAGUUGAAGCAAAUGUAAAGGCAGAAAAACUUUUACAGUUGCAAAACCAAACCGUACAGUAUGAAAACUUAGCACAAGAAAGUAAAAAUAACGACGCGGCUAUGCAAAAGGCAAUGAAAAGCGCAGAAUAUAUAAAAGCUAACAAUGACUGGUUAGAUGCCCAAGCCAACGCUAAAGCAGCCCAACUCAUAGGGUCAAUAAGGACAAAAAUACAAGCGGAUGAAGAUAGUUCAAAUGAAGCUUUAACAAAUGCUGACUUUAAGAACGCUUUCGAAGCUCUUCAUAGUAAGGUGAAACAAGUGAACGACUUCUCAUCUGGAAAGAAACUGAAGUCUGAAGGUUUCGACAAAGAGUUAA